CGCGGUUCCUCCAGCAGUCAGUGAAACACUGGAUUAACCUACGGGACUAACAAUGGAAGUUCCUGCGCUGCGGGUUUAACUUUCUCAGCGUAAAUAUUCGCGAUUUUACAGAAAAACAGAGGCACGGGCUACAUAAAGAGACUGUUAGGAAGCGAGAGAAGUCGCUGUUUUAUAUAUUUUAUCGUUUUGUAAAGAGAAAUCUGGACGGGAUUGGGUUCUGCAUCGGUUUCGCUUUUUUUGUUGUCGAGGAUCUUUCCCGUCCGCCCACACGUUACACGUUACUCUACAAGUUACUGGACCAGAAUGCCCCAGACCACUCCCUUCUCAGCCAAGAUCAUCCCCAACCCUUACGGCAGCGGCCACUCGCACUACACACCCGUGGAGGAGAGCUAUGGAGGUCUGGUCUAUCACGACAACAACCUCGUCUCCGGCUCUCUGGAGGCUCUUAUACAGCACCUCGUCCCCACAGUGGAUUAUUACCCGGAUAGGUCGUACAUUUUCACCUUCCUGCUGAGUUCCCGUCUCUUCCUGCAUCCGUUUGAGCUGAUGUCCCGGGUGUGUUAUUUGUGUGUGGAGCAUCAUAGAGUGGGCGACCCACAGAUCGAUAAGAAACGUAUCAGAGACAUCGCUCCGAAGAUCGUGCAGCUGCUGACGGAAUGGACAGAGACGUUUCCCUACGAUUUCAGGGACGAGCGAAUGAUGCGCAGCCUGAAGGAGAUGACCCACCGGCUGGCCUUUGGGGAUGAGUUAUCCCGGAGAGCCAUGCAGAGACUGAUCCAGCGCCUCUUACGCAAGCUCACCAUCCUGGGUCAGUACGAGGAGUCUCUGGUGACGUCUGGCACGGCGGCGGCGGCGGCGGCAGCAGUGGCAGCGGCGGCGGCAGCGGAGAAGCCGGGUGGUCUGAAGGUGAAGCAGCACGUGGUGCGCAGGGAGGACAGUGUGCUGAACUUGUGUGACGACCCCUUCAUCCUUGCCCAGCAGCUCACGCACAUCGAGAUGGAGAGACUCAGUUAUAUCGGUCCUGAGGAGUUCGUUCAGGCCUUCACUCAGAAAAGACCUUCUGACAACCAUAAGAGUUUCUUCAGCAAGCGGAGAGCCAGCAACUUGGAGGCUUAUGUGGAGUGGUUCAAUCGGCUGAGUUACCUGGUAGCCACUGAAAUCUGCUUGCCAGUGAAGAAGAAGCACAGAGCUCGGGUCUUGGAGUUUUUCAUCGAUGUGGCGCGAGAAUGCUUCAACAUUGGCAACUUCAACUCUCUGAUGGCCAUUAUAACUGGGAUGAACAUGAACCCUGUGUCCAGGCUGAAGAAGACCUGGGGCAAAGUCAACACAGACAAGUUUGAGAUACUGGAGCAUCAAAUGGACCCGUCCAACAACUUCUACAACUACCGCACCGCCCUGCGGGGGGCGACACAGAGAUCUGCCACUGCUCACACCACCAGAGAGAAGAUUGUUAUUCCAUUCUUCAGUUUGUUUAUUAAGGACAUUUACUUCCUGAACGAGGGCUGUGCCAGCCGAAUGCCCAACGGACACAUCAACUUUGAGAAAUUCUGGGAGCUGGCGAAGCAGGUGAGCGAGUUUCUGUCGUGGCGGCAGGUGAUCUGCCCGUUCGAGAGGGACAGGAAGACCCUGCAGUACCUCAUCAGCGUCUCGGUCUUCACUGAGGACGAGCUCCAGCUGGCCUCAUACGAGAGCGAAGGUCCAGAGAACAACCUGGAGAGAGACACUCGCCGCUCACUCAGGUCGUCGCUCAGCAGGAUGUGAGGGUUUCGGUUCUGAUGUUCUGACCCUGAGUGAUGAAGAGGAUGCUCUGAGAGGAAGCUGCACACUGACGACAGACGUCUCGUCUCUCUGUAUAAUAAAAGACCUGUAUAAUGAUUUUCCUCCUCCGCAGUGAAGGACAUGAGACUGGAUUCUCAUCACAGCUCCCGUAUUAUGUUGAAAUAAACCCACUCAUACUGUACCUCAUGUAAAAAUGAUUUAUGUAAAAAUAAGCUUGGUUUUUGAGUAUCGUGGGCGUAUCUCUUUUUUGUGCCGGAUGAAAGAAGAACGUGUCGCUGGCUGACCUCUUCUUCUGUUUUGCUCUAUAAGCUUUCUUGUGUAAUUUUCUGUGUUUUCCUUUUUUGUACUUGUAAAAAAAUAAAGUUCUAGGUUUGUGCGUGAGUGAGAUUGUAUAGAGUGUGUAACUGUAUCAUUUAUAUAAAUGUUUUUGUAUGGUUUUUGGUGACCUGAUGUACGUUUAUAUGUUUAUAGUUGGAGAAUAUUGCCUUAUAAACUUAUAAAGAAACUCUAACACAACCGA